UUCAUGAACGAGCCUACUGCAUCCAUCUAUUGUAAUGGAAACUCAAGAACAAGAUCCAUCUGAUGAAGAAGACAGCUUGCUUAUUCUCUGAUCAUGGCUGCUUGCUUCUCCAUCCUCCCAUCUGAUCAUAGGUUCUUCUUUCUUGUUAUUCUUCAAUGGGUGUUUAGCCUGGACACAAGGAGCUUGAACUCAGAAACAUACAAGUUCUUUGAUUCUGUGGAGAAACACUAUAACAAAAGGCUAUUCUCUGUCUAUGCUGGGAUGACAAGCCAGAGAAGAGAUGAGCCUCCGGAAACUCGAGCCAAGAGUAGUUCGAUUAGUGAAAUAGAUCUUUUGUUGGAAGGAAUUGAUGGUGGGUUGAAGAAUGCAUUGGCAAAUAUGGAUACCCUUUGCCACAUGUAGAAAUGUAGAGUCAAGGAGCACCGAGCAAAGAAGAGGUUACUGUUGUUGUGGCCGUGUGCUUCUCAAAGAUUCGAAGUUAUUGCAUUUGUGGUGACAGAUAAUCAAGAGUUCCCCUUUGAAACUUCAUUUGUGUGAUCAUUGGAUUGGAGGCAGUACAAUAAGCAACAAAGCUUUCGGUCUAUCAGUCUCCCGCACAUCUAUUAUUAUUAUUAUUAAGUUAUUGCUGCAAGUAAAUGAGGUGAGUUUAGAGGCAGAGAGAGAGAGAGUUCAGUUCAUUCAAUGUUUCUGUGUAUUUUUCAUUUUGCAAUCCUAUAUUCCAAAACUCUUAUUUCUGUAA